UUGUGUGCAUAGCUGGUCUGAACUGCAGGGCAGGUCUGAGAGGUGCUUAUGUAUUUGCUGUCUCUUUUCCUGGGACCCCCUCGCACUCUACCCCCCACCCCCCAGGAACUGGACAAACUAUUCUCUGACAAUGCAGGCUACCAGGAACCCUGUUACUCUUUCCUAUUUGCUGGUCAUCGUGGGGAAGAGCUUAGGCUUCAGUACCUCCACACACCUGAUGGCUGAUGGGAGCUUGGAAAGGUCUAGAGUGAAGUCUGUGCACAUGCUCAUCCAGUCUCACUGGCUCCUGGGCACAUUGGGCGCCUUCCGUCAGAGCCCUCUAGGAAUCGCUGGGCUGUGAUUCCUUCUGCACCCAUAGAGGAGUAGAGACCGGGCUGCACUGGAAUGGCAGCCGGCAGCCUAGAGAAGGCCUUCCAAGAAGGAAGUGCUUCCUCCCUGUCAUCUCACUACUGUUUUGGGAGUGGACUUGGGGUUUCCUCCUUGACAGUGGAAUGCCAGGCCCCCGCUCCUCGUGUGGUCGUUACAUAAAUUGUGAGAAUGGUUUGGCAGGUGGAUUUUAUGGGAAGUUGUGAGCUUGUACAGUCAUGGACAAGAUAACCUGGAGAAGAAGAAAAAAAUUCUAGGAAAAAAUUGCCCAUAGGUUCUACAGAUUAUGCCAAAGAUGAGGUGUGCAGCUUCAGGGCUUCUGUUGGACGUCUUCCUCCCUGUUUACAGGCCCUACCCCCUUUACAGAUGGUGGAGGCUCUACCUGGAUGCCACACUGGGCAUCCAUCACAUCACUACUGUGCUCCUGUCCAUAGGGGAGGAAACCCAAUGGAUGCUGUCUGUACCUAAGAUCUGGGACCCAGGGCUUUGUGGCGUGUGGGGGUUAUAACUCACAUGGCUGCAGCCAGUGUGACUCCCCCUGGCUCCCUAGACCUGCUGCAGCCUGGCUUCUCCAAGAACCUCCUGGGGACCAAGUUAGAAGCCAAGUACCUGUGCUCAGCCUGCAGAAACAUCUUGCGGAGGCCCUUCCAGGCCCAGUGUGGUCACCGCUACUGUUCCUUCUGCCUGACCAGCAUCCUCAGCUCUGGGCCUCAGAAUUGUGCUGCCUGUGUCCAUGAAGGCCUAUAUGAAGAAGGCAUUUCUAUUUUAGAGAGUAGUUCGGCCUUUCCAGAUAAUGCUGCCCGCAGGGAGGUGGAGAGCCUACCAGCUGUCUGUCCCAACGAUGGAUGCACCUGGAAAGGAACCUUGAAAGAAUAUGAGAGCUGCCACGAAGGACUAUGCCCAUUCCUGCUCACCGAGUGUCCUGCAUGUAAAGUCCUGGUCCGCCUCAGAGAGAAGGAGCACCACACUGAGCAGGAAUGCCCCAAAAGGAGCCUGAGCUGCCAGCACUGCAGGGCACCCUGUAGCCACGCAGACCUGGAGGUACACUACGAGGUCUGCCCGAAGUUCCCCUUAACCUGUGAAGGCUGUGGCAAGAAGAAGAUCUCUCGGGAGAAGUUUCAGGACCAUGUUAGAUCAUGCACCAAGUGUCGAGUUCCCUGCAGAUUCCACACCAUCGGCUGUCCUGAGAUGGUGGAGACUGAGGAGCUUGAGGAGCAUGAGGUGCAGAGGCUACGGGAGCACCUGGCACUGCUGCUGCACUCGUUCCUGGAGGCCCCAGCCUCACAGGCAGGCCCGAGCCAGGUGGGGCCGGAGCUGUUGCGGCGGUGCCACACUCUGGAGCAGAAGACAGCCACCUUCGAGAACAUUGUCUGCGUCCUGAACCGCGAAGUAGAGCGGGUGGCAGUGACUGCAGAGGCUUGUAGCCGGCAGCAUCGGCUAGACCAGGACAAGAUUGAGGCCCUGAGUAACAAGGUGCAGCAACUAGAGAGGAGCAUUGGCCUCAAGGACCUCGCCAUGGCUGACCUGGAGCAGAAGGUCUCAGAGUUGGAAGCAUCCACCUAUGAUGGAGUCUUCAUCUGGAAGAUCUCAGACUUUGCCAGGAAGCGUCAGGAAGCUGUAGCUGGCCGUACACCUGCUAUCUUCUCCCCAGCCUUCUACACAAGCAGAUACGGCUACAAGAUGUGUCUCCGUGUCUACUUGAAUGGCGAUGGCACUGGACGGGGAACUCACCUGUCUCUUUUCUUCGUGGUGAUGAAAGGCCCUAAUGAUGCUCUCUUACGGUGGCCUUUUAAUCAGAAGGUGACAUUGAUGUUGCUGGACCAGAACAACCGGGAGCAUGUAAUCGAUGCAUUCAGGCCUGAUGUGACCUCAUCCUCCUUUCAGAGGCCUGUCAGUGACAUGAAUAUCGCCAGCGGCUGCCCCCUCUUCUGCCCUGUGUCCAAGAUGGAGGCCAAGAAUUCCUAUGUGCGGGAUGAUGCUAUCUUCAUCAAAGCUAUUGUGGACCUAACAGGACUCUAGCCACCCGUACUAGGAAUAGCAGCUCAGUGAGGAGCUGCUACACUGGGCCAGGGCCCUGCCACACAAGGGUGGGCAGGCUUGGUGCAAGUGCUGGGAAAGGCCUCAGCGUAAAGCCAGUCACCAUCACACAGAAAGGCAGGAAGGAGCCUCCAGUUGGUCCUCAACUGGUAGACUGAGUGGGGGGGUCCAUUCAGCUCAGGGUCCUUGUGGGACCAGCUGGGGUCUUCUCAGCUUUCCAGUAGAAAAGCUCUUGCUAUCUUUUCUGUCUGGGGAAGGGAGAGGCCCUUGGGUGGGGUACUCAGAAAGUGCCUGGAGAGAGAGUUUAGAGCUGCACCAGCAGCAAGAGCGUGGUGGUUGAACUUACCCAUUCUGGCUUGUGGAAAGGAGGUAGGGGCUGCACAAGAGAAGGGCAUCCACCUGCAGAGCACAGCCCAGGAGAGAAGCACUCUGAGACAUAGGCACAAACUGGAAAAGGGCCUGCCUGGGCUGCACGGCCCUGCCAAGUGGCCUGUAUUGAGGAGAAGUGAUUAAACUAUUCAGAUGUC